UGGCGCGUCACGCGGCGCGCUGUGGGGACGCAGAGCGCACACUGGAUGGAUACGCUGUGAUGCCGCUGCUGCUGCGUGUGUGGAAGACCGAGUGAUUUAUUCCAGAAGGUCACUUUUAGUAGGAGGAAAGGAGCAGCAAAAAUCUUUAGGGCGACCAUCGCACCGAUACUUUGUGGCAGAAGGACGCCGAUCGUCAGUGGAAGCUGGAGGUUUGGGUUUGAAGUGCCGCAGAAAUGUGCUGAGAUGAUGCCAAAGGGAGGAGGAAACAGGAGGAGGGAGCACCUCCUGCCUCCAGACACCUUCUAAAUCAACGGCCUGGACCUCAGUGACUCCUGUGGUGAGGAGGUGAUGGCAGCGCCAAAGGAGCUUCAGCACUGUGGCUUCCUGCUGAUGGACACCUCCUGAGUCCACACUCACUUUUCUGUCCUCUUCUUCCUGCCUCUGUGUCUUGUCCACUUCCUCCAUCCAUCCAGCAUCCAUGUGCAGUUAGUCUUUGUGACUUCAAACAUCUUCUUAUCUGACGAUGGUGUGCUGUGGCCGCUCUCUGGACUCCCCGUGCACGCUGGCCCUGCUGGUGGGCUUUCAGUUUGCCUUUGUGCUGUAUUUCUCCCUGGGAGGGUUCAGAAGCCUGGUGUCCGUCCUGGUCCACACCACAGAGCCCGAGUUUGAUUACUCCCGACCUCAUGACGUCUACACCAACUUAAGUCACCUAGGAGUGCCGCCUCCUCCACCACGCAACUCGGGGACUGGACCUCCUGUCACAGGGCUGCCGCUGAGAGACUGCCAGAUCCCCUCCCCACUGCUGGUUGGCCCAGUGUCUGUCCAUCUUUCGUCUCCUCUUUCCCUGGAGGAGAUCCGUCAGAGGAACCCAUUACUGUUGCCAGGUGGGCGGUAUCGACCUCCCGACUGUGAACCUCGCCACCACACAGCAAUAGUUGUGCCGUACCGAAACCGGCAGAGUCACCUCCGUGCCCUCCUGUACCACCUCCACCCCUUCCUGCAGAGACAACAGAUCCACUACAGCAUCUACAUUGUACAGCAGUGGGGGAACAGCACUUUUAACCGAGCCAAGCUGCUGAACGUGGGGGUGCGGGAAGCACUCCGAGAUGAAGACUGGGGCUGCAUCUUCCUGCAUGAUGUUGACUUACUGCCCGAGAAUGACCACAACACCUACACCUGCCACAAACAGUUCCCCACACACCUGUCUGUGGCCAUGGACAAGUUCAGAUACAGACUGCCGUACCCACAGUAUUUUGGUGGGGUGUCUGCAGUAACCCCAGAUCAGUACAUGAAGAUGAAUGGCUUCCCAAACCAGUACUGGGGUUGGGGAGGAGAGGAUGAUGAUAUUGCUGCCAGAGUGCGUCUGUCUGGCAUGAAGAUAUUGCGCCCUCCACUGGCCAUUGGUCAUUACAAGAUGAUCAAGCAUAAAGGAGAUCAAGGCAACGAGCAAAACCCUCGCAGGUUUGACCUUUUGAAAAGAACUCGACUCAGUUGGCGCUCUGAUGGUCUCAACUCUCUUACCUAUGAGCUUCUUUCCAAAGAACUGGAACCCCUCUACACUAACCUGACUGUCAACAUUGGAGAAGACCCUUGUCUGCCCAAAGGGAAAGCACCCACUUUGGUGAAAGCAACACCCACUGCCCAACAUCGUAGCACCAUCAAGAUCAGAGGCCAACAGGGGAAGAUGCGAGAGAGUAAAGUAGUCUUGACGACAAAUACGACUAUGACCAAGGUGGAUGUUGAAAAGACAAAUCCAGCCCAGUCAGACAAGGUAGCAAAUCAAACAUCGCCUGAGAAGACUGGUGUGAUGAAGUAGGAUGAAGUGUUUCCGACAACGUAUGCAGCUCACCUGUAAAACAAAGUGGCUUCUGCCUUCAUUUCAGGUAAAAUCUGAAACAGAAGCUGGAGGAAGGCAAUGUAGAUCUGUUGUGCUUGAGAGACUUAAAGUUCACCAGCUUUUUAAACUGAGUUCAGGUUAUGGAUGGCAACACAAUGAGUCAAAGUGAAGGAGCCACUUUUAUCUACAGGGGGUACAUUCAGGAACAUCUCUCCAUGAUAUGUCUGCCACCAUGUCAUGACUACUGUUGGGCUUUGACAAGAAUGGCCAUUGACUUAGACAUGCCCACGUAGACUUCCAACACAAAUGAAAA